CUGCAAGGAUUGCGAGGAGUUGUUCUUAGGGAGCACCUUCGCGUUCUCAGAAAGGUAUUGCUGGAGACCAUCCAACUUCUGGGUCACUGACUACUACAACUGGAGAGGGAUACUUGUCUUUGCCAGUUCAGGAGCAGCACUCCUUUUCUCCUGUACAAGGGUUAGAGCCUUGGCAUACUCAACUUCCUCUUCAUGUACAAGAAGGGUUAGAAGCCACUACUGCAACAGAAGCGAGGCGAUGGCAGCAAGGGAUGUUCGGA